UCGUCGAGACGCCGCUGCCACUUCUCUCCCUUCUCUUCUCGUAACUGCCCGCCAGACAGGCAGCCCGCGAAAGAAUGCGCUUUUGAAACUUUGCCAACCAAUAGCGGAGCGCGCAAUGUCCUUCGGCCAAUGGGUAUCAACUAUGAUGCCUGACGGAGCCGCGAAGAGGGGGAGCUAUGGGGGCCGGGUAACGCCUUAUCAGCCUUCCACAUAAGCCGGGAUCCCGUAAGUGUCCCUCCAGACCCCGCCAGGUUGCCGAUGGAUAUCCAACUCUUCAAGUGAACAUCACUGGAAGUCCAGAGUAAGGUGGGCCAUGGGUCCGGCGUGGGAACAUCGACGACGAUCGUAACUGAAGUGUCCGGCGGAGCCAGGGCACGAUGAGCGCAGGGUACAAAGACUGACACGUGAUCUACCUGGUGCUUGAAAGAAGUACUGAAGAAAAAGCAAGUACUCGUUCAACCACCCGUCAACACGUGCCAACACAGCGAGGGCUCCCAGGGAGGUCACAUUCUUGCACACGGUUGUAACGCGCAAUAAGAUACCCUGCACGUGUUGUGCUGCUCAAGUUGUUCAAGGUGUUGUGACUCUUUGCUUUAUUGUACGAUACCUUGCUCAAACUCUGCUACAUGAGCUGCCCUGGACGUUGUCGUGUUUCCUUCCCCAUUGUCUAAGAGCCUGAGUAUACGUAAAAGCACACAGACGGACGACACCAACACACGAGCACACAGUUUGUGUGUCAACGCUCAGGCUCUGACACAAUGGAGUUCUUCCACCUGCUUGACUGCAUAUGCGCCAUCUUGUUGUGUUCCCUUGCUCUGUGGUGUGGAAUUUCUCGCUUCAUGUACAGAAAUAUGGCUUCGACAUCUGAAUCUGACGUCGACAUGGAAAGGUCACCACAGUGGGACGACGUCAGGAAGGAAAUGCACGAAGCCAUUGCAGCGAAAGACGAGGCUCGUGUUCUGAAGUGCCUGGAUGCUGUGCCUGCAUUGAAACUGUGGUUGGAUCCUGUCACAGAUGAGUCAGCUCGUUACAAAGCAAUCGAAGAAGGAGCCUUCAAUAUUCAUGGCCUUUUAGUCUCGCGGGAAUGUGGACUCAAGAACGACAGCGAAUCAUUGUGUUACCAACAUCUCUCACCCCUUGAACGAGCUGAAAUUCGUCGACAACGAUAUUACACCACAGAAUGCGAGGGCUCUUACAUCGACUAUUUGAAAAGCAAAUCACUGAGCGUCACCAGAUGUGAUGACUUCUCUGUACGAUUGGAGAAGAUGUUUAAGCAGCUCUCCAGUGAUGAAGUAAACAGGAUUAUUCUCAAAGUGGCUGCAAGAGCGCCACACCUGGAAAUAAGGUUCGACUACAACAGUGAAAACGUUCAAGGGAUCACGGGAAGUUGCAAUAGAGGCGUUGCCGGCCUUACUUUCUACAAAGAACAAAGAGUUUUCAUCAGGGGUCGUGCUGCAGACGCCAAAGUCUGGGGAACACUUAUUCAUGAGUUAUGUCAUAUGGCACUUUACCUAGUGUACAGGAACGAUGGCAAGCCAUAUUACAGUGACGAUAAGGAGCGGGAGAACCAAUACAAUGACAUCGUGAAUGACAUAAAAUCGAGGAAGGAAGAACUGAACCUUCUCAUCCAGCAAGCUUUAAAGGACAGAAAUGAAGAAGAAGAGUUAAUUGUACGGAUCCCCCACGUACUGGUUCAACAUGGUUGCGACGAAGGUCAUAGGGUUCUGGAACGGGAAGUACCCGAACUGCUAAAUUUUUUCAAGGACCAUGUCGUUCAGGACAUGAGGGAAUACAUUCAGAAUGGAAUCCCAUCCAUAGAUGCAACACAGAUAGAAAAGGAAAACGCUAGACUGAACAAAGCUUUCAACACUCGCAAUCUCAAAGUCCAGUUCGAGAAACCAAUAAAUAGAAGUCUCUGGGAGAAGGGGUCGCUUCACAUCGUUACGGGUCCAGAACCGAGGCUUCUCGAAAUAAUGGUUCACAACUCUGUGAAAGCUACUGGUCGACCAUACUUGUUUUUCGAAGAACACGAGAGCUGCCCCACGCUGGACUGUGAUGUGUUAGUGCAGUACAAAUGUGCAUUUGUGCUCGUGACAGUUCGUUGCAUCACAGGCUUUAUAGAAACUCUUAGAUUUCUGGGUGACGUGUCCCGUGUGACCGGAACAAAAGUCAUCUUGCUCGUGGAAGACAGAGAGAAAGAAAACUUGAUGAAAAAAGUGCAAGAAGUUGCAUUCUUUGCGGAGAGACACAAAGUUCACAAGAUCAUCGAAGCAAGCUUCGAGCAUGUCAUGAAAAGUUGCAAGAAAGAAGUUUUCAAAAAUUCCUGCGUAAAACUUCAGGGCCAAGAUAUUUCAACGUUACCGGAUGCAACGACUAUAGAUACCUUCUUACGUUGCGUAGACACCGCGGUUUUCCUAAAGCUAUGCGAGUCGGAGAGCAUUGACCUGGGACCUCCUCUUCAUGAACUAGAAGAAUGUGUUAUGAGCUAUUACAUAGAACGAAGGCUUACAAGAACUGUGGAAAUUGACCUGCAAGAAUGUAGAAUGAACGAUGACAAAGAGGCUUUCGCACUUCUGGGUUGUGAGAAACAUGUUGCAAAAUUUAUACCUAAAGGUUACGAGGCAAAACACAUGGAUAAUUUAGUGCAGUUUGAAAAAUUUGUGGUAGUCCAGAAGCCACAUGACUACGAAGCUCUCCUAGACAACGAUAAAUACAGCGAGAAGGUAGUGCACCUGCUAAGGCUAAACGAAUCCCGCGAUGGACUCUUGUGGACCAAAUCAAAUGGCCCUCUCAAUCACCUUCCAAUGACGGGAUGUGACGAUUACACGACAGAGACGUUGCUGAACGUGCCCGAGAAGGUCGUUGUCGUCUCUGGAGCACCUGGUAUGGGAAAGAGUGUGUUGGCAUCUCGGUUGUGUACACAGUUAAAAACUCAAGACAAGAAACGGUGGAUGCUCUACGUCGACCUUGUUCAGAGAAUGGCAUCAGUUAAAACUGCGUCGCCUAGUCUGGAAUAUCUAGCGAAUCUGUGCCAGGUAGGAAAAGGUGGUCUGGAGUUCGCUUUGUUCGAGGAAAGCUUGAACAAUGGGAACCCUUUCAAGGUCGUCGUCAUGCUGGAUGGCUUCGAUGAAGUCAACGAAGAAUGUCGAGAGUGUGUGGUGAAACUUGUACGGUUUCUAGCUAAGAGAAAAGUUUACAAGGUGUACAUUUUUACUCGCACUGUGUUUAAGCGCCAUGUACAAGAUGCCUUGCACACAGUGUCAUAUGAUCUCAUUCCUUUUUCUGAUGAUAACCAGAAUGAUUUCCUCACAAGAUAUAGGGCCCAAACAAAAACUCCAGCCACCAGGAAUAACGCAUUUGCGCAAAAAUUCGAGCAACUGUACGGGACAUUGAAGACGAAAAACAAGACAAUCCUAGAAACCCCUCUUCUACUUCGUAUGAUGGCUCAGAUGGAGAGAGGGGGAAAUUACAAAGUCUGA